GCGUACCAUAUCGAUUGUGUAGUGUCUGACGCGACCUACAGUGUAUUUUUGUGUUCGGGAUUUAAGUGUUUUCGUUUUCAGUGUGUGAUAAAACAGAACUUUCAGCCUCAUAUUUCAUAUUAAGGAUUUAAACAAAGAUCUCAGAAAUGGCUCUUGGAAGUUGUUAUACAUGUAUCCGAUAUUUAAUGUUCGCAUUUAACUUCCUUUUUUGGUUGUUAGGAUGCGCCAUUUUGGGUGUCGGAAUCUGGGUACGUGUCGACGAAAACUUUGGCAAAUAUGUAAACAACAGCAACCAUUUUGACCUUCUAUAUACUGGUGCAUAUGUUUUCAUCGUCGUCGGCGUUCUUAUUAUGGUCGUCGGCUUUCUAGGAUGUUGCGGCGCCAUUAGAGAAAACCAGUGCAUGCUUGGAUUGUUUUUCGCCUUACUUUUCAUUAUUUUCGUCAUUCUGCUGGGAGCUGGUAUUUGGGCCGUUGUAGCCAGGGACGAGGUAGAGGGUAUUGUAAAUAAGGCAUUGGAAGAGGGUGUUGCUGGGUACUUCAAUGAAAAGUCCCCGGAAAGAGAGUUCAUGGAUUUAGUUCAAAAUGAUUUUAAGUGCUGUGGCGCGACAAAAGGGGGAGAGGACUAUGGCUCAGGGAAUGUAGCUAAGGUUGAGGCUUGUAACCGAUAUUCCAAGCCUUGCAAUAAACAGCUGUUUGAGUUUGUCAAGGAAAAUCUAGUUAUCAUUGCUGGUGUGUCAAUUGGUAUUGCAGUUAUUCUGAUUCUGGGUAUGAUCUUCUCCAUGAUCCUUUGUUGUGCACUGCGGGACGCUCAGGUGGAUUAGACAUGGUGAGAACAAGUGCUGAGAAAUGAAAGAAACUGACGAAAAAUGUUGUCAUCUUGGUACAAUAAGGUUGUUACUCAGAAAUGCAUAGGAGAUUAAACCUUACUGCAAAGAUCCGGGGAAGGAAAGAAUUUGACCAAAAUGUGAUAUGAUGUAAAAAUGUAGAGGGCCGUAAAGGCAGCAUUUAGAUCUUAUAAAGCAUACAUAAUAGAAAAAAAACGCGCUUAAUUUAAUAGAUGUGUAGGAUUUCUUGACAGUUAUUAUAUAAAAAGACGUUUAUGCGUCUUCAGGACACGCAUUGUUUCUUUAUUUCUUAACUCUUUCCAAAUGUGAUGAAUUUUUCAUCUAGAAUAGCGCAUAAUGCAUAGUUAAGGUGCUCCCUGGAAAUUCUUAAAACUAAAAUGAGACAACUUAAAUCGUCAUCAGUUUGAAGAUUUAGUUUAACUUGAAAUAUAUCACAGCUUUAUUCAUUCUUAUACUGCAAUUUAUGGGAAAUGUUGUAUAUUUUGUUUAUGUACACAUAUUUUUUACUUAAAUUUGAAUUUGUUAAAGUUUUAUUUUAACAAUGUAGCUUGUAUUCUAAAUGUUAAGCUUGCCAGCACUGACUUGUGGUUUAUUUUACAAUUACAUAGCCCGUUUUGUGUACAAAAUUGUUUCAAGAAGAUGCUAAAUGUACAGAUGCAUAGUCGGACUGUGAAUUCAGUCGAAAGCAAGCAAACGUCUCGCGUGGAACUUCUACAGACAUCACAAUUACCCAUUAUCGUAUCAGUUAAACUGAUUAUCGAAGUCUGUUGUAUCACAUUUUAGUUUCUAGAACUUAUCUUAUGGAAGAAACAUCCAAUGUUACGGAAAAAAUCUGAAAAAGUCGUUUUGAACAUAAAAUUCAAUUUGGAAGGAAGAUGUUUAUAGAUAUAAAAAGACUGACUUUUCCCUGGUUAAUGUUUAUGUAAGUUCCACGUGGGGAAUUGUGUAACUUGCCAUAUGGAUGUUUGGCAGCUAGAGGGUUAUGCAACAUGAUGUCUUUUGUUUAAUGUUUUGUUCCACUGUUAAACUGUCAAUACAGUUGUUUUCUGAUUGCUGAUGUGCCUACAGUUUUGAGGUGACACAAGCAUAUGUUUUCUUUCUGUCAAAUUUACUAUACUUUAUGUUCUUGUAACAAAUAUGUUUGUGUUUUCCUUUACAAGCGAUGGAUUUUAGAAUACGUUCUGGUUUGUUUACCCGGCAUAGCAAGUGCUUGCUUCGUCCAUAAAAUAACAUGUGUAUUCACCGUUUUAAUAAGAUUGUUCAUAAAAUAUAUAACAAAGCUUUCCCCUAUACUACUGUAUCAGAUAUAAGCAAUUUUACUUGUUACGCAUUAGAUUAAUUUGCUGUUGAGUCAUGGUACACGUGAUCAAGUCACAUGGGUUAAAUUUCCGUAGAAGACUAUUUCUAGGCUGUAAUAUCACGGCUUUUGGUUCUUUAUUGAAAGUGAUGGUUUUUUUGUGAUAUUGUCAAUUUAUCUUUUAAAGAGAGAAGAAACAGUCCUCAGUUCAUUGCCCUGCAUAUGGUAUAUGUUUUUGGCAAAUUUGUUAAAUCUGCAUGUGCACAUGGGCACUUAACUGCUGUCUAUUAUUUUCACUUAUAUUGCUUUGCAUUUGUGAUAACAUUAUUAUCGUGCCGUAUUCAAUUUAAGUUUGUCAUUUAAGCAAUGUUACCCUUGUCAUUUUACCCUUUCAUACGAUAUCAUUUGUUCAAUAGUUACGCUUAUAUAUGUACAUUUAUAUACUUAAUUAUCUUACCAUUUAAGUUAUCGUGUAAUACCAAUUUGCGCUGAACAAAACUGUAUGUUUGAACAUGACGGUUACAGGAAACCUGAUAAGGAAAACAUUAUUAAUACCUUAUUACAAUCAAUAAUUGACUGGCUUUUAUUGAAACCUCGGGGCCUCGUUGGAUCUUGGUCAUACGGCUCGUAAUAUAUGUUCACGUGAGUUUUGAAAAUCUGCAGGAAAACCAGACUGAAACUACGAAAUCGGAGCUGCUAACAUAAUUUUUAGUGAUUAAUUAUUUACUUUUAAUCAAGGUUACCACACCGAGUAUUGGGGUUUUGAUAACAUGUAGGUGGUUUUUAACACUGUAUAUAUUUGGGCUUGAAAGUGUCACAUACAAAUUUUGUAGCCACGUUCCAUAGACGUACAUGUAUAUCUGUUUUGUUUUUGUUUUUUGAGAGAAAAAAAUAUGAGAAAAACGUUUUUAUGCAUAUGUUACAACGUUCAAUAUGUGUAUAUGCAUUUUUAGCAAGAUCAUUGGUUAAUAUGUGGAUACAUUUAAUAUAAAGUUGCAGUGUUAUAUGUUUAGCGUUUAGAUAAAUGUUUGUAGCUUUGUUGUAAAUCAUAUGUUAAAACUCACGUAAUAACUACCCUUGUUUUAUUUCCUUUUAAUUAAGACUGUGGAAAAUUUUGUCCGAAAUACAAUGGAAAAAACUAUCUUACACCAAAGUACAAAUAUAUAGUUGUACCAAAAUAUAGUUGUAACACAUGUCAUUUGGAGAAAAAUGCCGAAAACCUGAUUUUAAGGUCACUGAAGGAAGAAACAGACGUUUCUGCUGUCUGAAAAACCUUUUUUCAAAGUAGUUUUCAAGACUAGUCUUAAAUUUAGACUUAAGAUAAUUCAGAAUUUGAAUUUUACUUUUAUCACAUUAUUUCGGGAUUGAGAGUGUGCGAUUUUAGGUUACUGAUUUUCGUCUGGAUACUAUGCCUAUAUAUAUUUUUUUUUCCAUUUUGAUAAAGAUUAUUUCUAGAUGGAUUUUUACGAGCUUAUCAAUAUUUUAAGAUAUUUUUAGGUAUUAUGUAAUUUUCAAAGUUCAAAGAGGUACAUAUGUUUUAGGCUAUUUGUUGUUACGCAAAAGAGCUUUCACAUCUAAAGUUAAAAGUAAUUGAGCCUUUUACAGAAUCUUUAGCGUAUUUUGUUUCCUAAUUUACUGAGCGUAAUGAACCUUUUCUGGUCAUUGUAAAGAGUGAAAUGUAAGUGCAAAAAUUCCUAAAUAUUUUGAUGUACAUUGAAAGGUUGGUACCUUGCAAUGAUGACAAAAUAUAUUAGAAAUCUAUCAAGAAAAAUAUUGAUAAUGUUUUUGUUUAAAAUAUCACAAUUCUAUCACGAUGUUACAACAUUAGAAAAACAAUUUAAACAGUUUUAAGAAGGCCUAUUAACCUGUUGUGAUAGAACCGAGCCGAGAGUAGUGAUGUAACUAGUAGCAUUUGUAUAUGAAGAUAUAUUGUACUUUUAUACAUGUAAUUUUAUAUGUGUGUUUACUGUAUUUUAUGGCAAUAAAUGUUCUAUGAA